ACGGUGAGUCACGCCUCGCACGAGGAUCAACCGCGUCCACCCACAACGGGCUGUGCAUCUGAGGCCUGCCAGCUCUUCAGCGCGCGACUAUGUGGUCACGUGGCGCCGGUCACGUGACCCCCGAGAGAGAGACCGGAAGAGAGCACUUCUGGCCCGGCUGCUGUUUCGGGGCAGCGGUGAGAGCUGUAUGCUGUUAUUUGUACAGUGAAAACACGGGCUCCUCUCAGCGUUAGCGACAUUAUUGACCUAUUUAUUGUUUAUUCAAACGGAUAACCACAUGGCCGCGACGAGGCACGAGGACCUCUCAGAACGAGAAGGUCUGUCCAGCUCAGGGACUCACUACGGCUCCACCGACAGCAGCGGGGAACAUGACAAACAUGACGGCAACCACCGGCUUCCCGCGGCGACGAAAGGCUAUUGGGUCGGGGCCGACCAGGAAGAGGAGGCCAUUCGCAGGAAGUUGAAGUACUUCUUCAUGAGCCCCUGUGAUAAAUAUCACGCCAAGGGCCGCAAGCCUUACAAGCUGAUCCUGCAGCUGCUCAAGAUCGUCAUUGUCACGGCUCAGUUGGUGCUGUUUGGCCUCAGUAACCAGGUGGUGGUGACCUUCAAGGAGGAGAAUACUAUGACCUUCAAGCACCUCUUCCUCAAAGACUACGAUGAGUCCUCGGACAACUCCUUUUCUGUUUACACGCAGAGCGACGUCUACGACCACAUGUUCUACGCCGUGGAGCAGUACCUGGCCUUAGCAGAGACCACAGUGGGACGCUACGCGUACGUCUACGGGGAGAACAGCAGCGCGCUCUCCCUCUGCCAACAGUACUACAAGAAGGGAAGCAUCGACCCAGCCAAUGACACCUUCAACAUAGACCCGCACAUCAUCACAAACUGCGUUGGUGUGGACCCGCUGGCGGUCCCUCAAGCGCCGCUCACCAGCAGCUACAGGAACUUCACACUCAAAUUCCACAAGCUCAUUAAAGUCACCAUAGAGUUCAAGUUGAAAGCGAUCAAUAUACAGACUAUAAUCUACAAUGAGAUCCCAGACUGCUACACUUUCCACAUAAAGAUGGUCCUGGACAACAAGGCUCACAGCGGCAAGGUGAAGAUCCGGUUGGAGAACCAGGCGGUAAUAAAGGAGUGCAAAGACCCGAGCGUCUCAGGACACGCUGAGAACUACACGCGUUUAGCGUUCGACGUCGCCGUGGCUCUGGUGUGCAUGCUGUCCCUGCUGCUGUGUGGACGCUCCAUAAUGCGAGGCGUCACGCUGCAAAAGGAGUACGUGCAGUUCUUCAGGGAGACCUUGGGUCGUAAAGUGUGCUCGGCGGACCGGAUGGAGUUCAUCAACGGAUGGUACAUCCUCCUCAUCAUCAGCGACAUCUUCACCAUCACCGGCAGCAUCAUCAAAAUCGGCAUUGAGUCCAAGAAUAUGUCCUCAUAUGACCUGUGCGGCAUCCUGUUGGGGACCUCCACGCUCUUGGUGUGGGUCGGAGUGAUUCGCUACCUCACAUUCUUCCAGAAGUACAAUAUCCUGAUUGUGACACUUCGAGCAGCGUUCCCCAAUGUGAUUCGGUUCUGCUGCUGCGUGGCCGUCAUCUAUCUGGGCUACUGCUUCUGCGGCUGGAUCGUCUUAGGGCCGUACCACGUCAAGUUCCGUUCUCUGUCCAUGGUGUCCGAGUGCCUCUUCUCCCUCAUCAACGGGGACGACAUGUUUGUGACGUUUGCGGAGAUGCAGGAGAGUAGCACUCUGGUGUGGCUGUUCAGCCAAGUGUACCUGUACACCUUCAUCUCCCUCUUCAUCUACAUGGUGCUGUCGCUGUUUAUCGCUCUCAUCACCGGAGCCUACGAGACCAUCAAGCACCAAACACAAGAAGCCAUCCACAUCACAGACCUGCAUGCCUUCAUAGCAGAGUGUACGGACACACCCACCUCUGGGAAGUUCAGAGGUCUGGAGACCUCGCCGUGCUCCUUCUUCUGCUGCUGUGACAGAACAACGACAUACGAGGACGUCCUGCUGGUGAACUGAAGUUGACCUCGGUGACCUCAGAAGCCUCACCAUCCCCCCCUGCUGACCACAGGGGUACACUGCACACUCCUGUCGCCCAUUGUCUCCAUACCAACCUGCUUCUGGUCAAACCUCAUCAGGAGUCGCCAUCUGUUGGACCAGCACUCUGUGGAAGGAAUGUGUAACAACAGUCUCCUUAUUGGACCUUUCCUGUCCAUGAGGAAGACAAGAUGGGACAGGACUGGGCAGCAUCGCGGAUGACUAAUGCACUGGCCCUUCUCUGUUCCCUAUCUAAUGUAUUUAAUGAUGCAUAUUGCUGAACUGGGAGCAAGAUGCUCCGUGGGCAUAUUAUGUUUGUUUUUUUAAUAGUAUUUAAAAUUAGGUUACCUCUUGAGGACAAGGCAUUCAAAACAACUUUGGAAUGAUAUGAAACCCACAGCAUGACAUGUCAAUUUGCACAGAAUGAGGGGAUAAUGGUCGUAGUCUGUCUUUUUUGAGACAAUCAAGGAGAUGACUUCCUUUUAAAAAAUGUCAGACGUGCGGUUUCAGUGGAUUUUGUUUUCCUUUCCCGUGAGCCUUCAGAACAAAGUUUAAAACUUUACCUGCGGUCGUACUUCACAAGCAUCACGUUGCCUUCAAAUGUGAAUACCAGUGAACUGCUGUAGCAGUAGAGUGAGUGUGUGAUGACUUUUGCAUUUAUGAGUAGCGAUCAAUAUAAUGUCGCUAAUGAAGCACUCAACAUUGCCUGUGGUUAGUUCCCCUCCAGACAGUACACAUGUCUUUUUAAUGGUGGUAAAGUAUGUUCAUGAAAAAUAACAUACUUUAUCUGACGUGUUUUUAAGAGAAACAUGGGACGAUAACAAGAAGACAACUUAAGGAUGCCGGCAGAGACAUGUUUGCGUCUCCGUAAUAAUGUCCUGUCACACUGAAUCAUACUUUUUAGUCAGUCUGUUAUAUUUGAUGUCUCUAUCCCAGUGGCUUGAUCUUCAGUAGACGCUUGGAUCUCUGUGUUUCUUUGUAACGCAUAAAACGCACAAUAUCAAAAAGGAGUCUCACAGAAAACAGUUGCUUAUAUGAAAGAGAGAUGAUCUCUGGCCCGAGCAUUAACACGUUCGUAGAUGUGGGAUGAUAUCGAAUAAAACAGCAGUUUCCACGUUGCAGCUCAAAUAUGCUGUUGGGCUUUGAAUUUAGAUUACAAACAUGUGCCACACACAUCAAGGGCCUUAAUUUAGAGUUAUAUGUCAUGCACGUAUAUAAUAUCUAGUAUUACCUAGAUGUAAAGUUUGAUGUUUUUAUUAUACAAAUUAUCUGCAUUUUAUCAAGUGAAUGCAAAGUUGUCCUGAAGUUAUCUACUUGGUGUCAUAUGUAUCGCCAAUCUACUGAUUCAAGUUUCCCGGAUCACCUUUGAUAUUAAAAUGUAAAUUUGUUUCA